AAUCCAUCCAUAUUAUUAUCAGAAGAUAAAAACCCUCCCAAUCUUAUUCAUUUUUAGGGUUUUAUUAUCUUCAAUUCUUUCAUUUCAAUUUCAACGCCACUCUCUCACUUUCCAACCUUACCCAAUUCAUCUACAACAAAAUUAAGUGUUACUGUUAAAUGGCUUCUUCUCAGUUAACAGCAUCAUCAAUUUCUACGAGGAACGUUUUUGCAUCCUUUGAAGGACUUCGACCUGUUCAAUUUCAUUGUCCCAGACAUGUUACAAUUGGUAAUCCUGCACGUAGGUCGUUUAAGGGUCUUGUUGUCAAAGCCUCUACUGCUGUUGCUCCAAAGUACACCACAAUCAAGCCUCUGGGAGACAGGGUACUUCUAAAAAUUAAGGAAGCAGAAGAGAAAACACAAGGUGGGAUUUUGCUUCCAUCAAAUGCUCAAACAAAGCCUCAAGGGGGUGAGGUAGUUGCUGUUGGAGAAGGAAAGACACUUGGGAAGAACCAAGUUGAAAAUAGUGUGAAGCCGGGUGCACAAGUUGUGUAUUCAAAGUAUGCAGGUACUGAGGUUGAUUUCAAUGGUGAAAAGCAUCUUAUUUUGAAGGAUGAUGACAUUGUUGGUAUCCUUGAAACCGAUGACAUCAAGGAUCUUAAACCCUUGAAUGAUAGAGUUUUGAUACAGAUUGAAAAAGCUGAAGAAAAAACUGCCGGCGGUUUGUUUCUUACCCAGGCAACCAAGGAUAAACCUUCCUUUGGAACAGUUGUAGCAGUUGGUCCCGGCUUUGUGGAUGAGGAAGGCAAUAGAAAACCUUUGCCUGUUACUUCCGGGAACACAGUUUUGUACUCAAAAUACGCCGGUAAUGACUUCAAGGGCAAAGAUGGUUACGAGUACAUUACCUUGAGGAGUUCCGAUAUCAUUGCUAUACUCUCCUAGAAACAUAAUUGUAAGAUGAACAAACAUAAUCCACUCGCACCAAAAGCACUACACUAACCUUGUUUUGAUCAUCAAAUGAUUCAAAAUAGGUAUUACUGGUUUUCAAGUGUUUGGUUGUUGUGUUGGUGGAUUUGAAUUCAUGUAUCAGUUUAUUAGAUGAGAUAUUGAUUGUAUUACCUUAUUAUGUGAUUUGAAAAACAAAUAGGAACUUUAAAUUUCAAUGGAUUUCGGUGCAAAUUUAUCGAAAA